AACAGAUGUGUCCCUCUAUGUUAUCCUUUCUCAGAGGAACAGACAGUAAGACGAGCUGGUCUGACCAUCUAACCGUUAGCGAUGACUUAUCUGCCAGACCGCAGCUGACCACACUGUGAAAUAACUCUGAGACUCAUUCAGGUUUUCUUUGCUGAGGAAGUACAGUCCUAUGCUGGAGUACAUGUUUGAACUGAAAGAAGAUUCUGUUAAGAACAUGGAGAGAUCCAUUUUUAUCCUCCUCCUAUGGUGUCAUCUCCAAGGCGUCGGAGGCCAGAGCUGGACCGUGUCUCUGCCCCCGAGUGUGAAGGGUCUGCAGGGUUCCUGUGUGAGGAUCCCCUGCAGUUUCAGGGUGGCGCCGGGAUAUGAAACUUACCUGGACCAUACAUGUGAAGCCCAAUGGUUAAAAGAUUUUAGGCGAGACCCAGUGUUUGACUCCAGCCUCGAAGGAUAUCCAAACCUCUACCAGGGAGCGCUGGUGGGCAAUCUCCUGAACGGAGACUGCACAACCAUCUUCUACAACCUCCCCGCCUUCCAAUCCAAGCUUUUCUUCAGAAUAAAUUGUCCAAACUUUCUCAAAUUCCAAUACACUACUGGCGUUGUGGUCGAAGUUAAAGAUGCAUGGAAACUGGACUUGAAUCCAAAAGGCCGAGUGGAGGCUGUUGAAGGCAGGCCAGUCAUGCUUUCCUGCUCCGCUCAGAUACUCUGUCCUCACCAACCCACGCUGUCAUGGACACCAAGCCUUGGAGACGCCCAGGAGACAGUGGAAGAUGAGCUUGUGACCUCUGUGCUGACCUUCAAUGCCUCCGCGCUUCACCAUCGACAGAGGAUCACCUGCUCCUCCCUCUACAAGCGCCACACAGGACUAAGCGACGCCUCCUUCGAACAAUAUUUGACCAUCAAGGUUUUGUACCGUCCGGACAACGUAUCGGUGGAGUGGCCGUCCAGCCCGGUGCAGGAGGGAAGCUAUGUGCGUCUGAGCUGCAAAGGCUCCGCCAACCCCCCAGCGGACCGCUACGCCUGGUAUCGCUCCCGACUGAACCCAGGAACCGAUCAGGGGCCCUCUGAGGGGCCCCUGGGUUUCAGUCGGUCCAUCAACGUGUCGGUCUCUGCAGACGCUCAGUACUUCUGUGAAGUGGGGAACCCUUACGGAGCGAAGAACACCAGCCUGACCCGGAUGGUCGUCCACUGUGAGUCCACCACCAUGAGCCAUGCCCGGUUGCAGAAUGUUUCUAGCUCCUGGGUGCCUUCAACUUAACAUCGACGCAAAUGUUAUCAAAACUUAUGCUGCAUCAACACAUAAAUCACUCGGUUUACUUCA